AUGAAUGGUGAAUUAUCAAAUGAUCCUGACCUGGGCAGAAUGCGACAGGAAGCAGCCGUUAGUGCUGAAUUAUUGCUCAUUUACACGUUGAUAUAUUUUUAUAUCGCAAUGCAUUUUGUUCAUGAACGAGAAUUAGGCUUGUUGGCCGAAAAAGAUGCUGUGCUUCAUGGUGAACGCAUUAAAAAUCUUGAUGAGCAGCAUCGUGAAGAAGAGGAGGAAAAUAAAAACGAGAGGGAUUUUGCUACACUGGCAAAGCAUCGGUACGACGAGCUGAAGAAGAAAUUUGAGCGAACUUCCGCUGCCUUUGUUGAAAAGAACAAAGAAUGUGUGCAGCUGGUCAACGAAAUGAAGAUUUUAAAGAGGGAACUGGCCAACAAGGAAUCCGAAAACAAUGAAAUUGCUGAAAAUUUGAAGCGUGCUGAAAAAAAAAUUGAAGAUAUUGAGAACGUAAGGAGCUCAGAAACGAAGUGUUUGCAAGAUUCGGUAUAGCUGGCUACAAAUCCAUUCUUUUUCGGUUCAAGCGCGAAUUUAUUAGCUUACAUUUUACUAUUUGUGCGAGGACUAGAAACAAGUCGUUAA